AUGAACACGUCGGAUGAGAUGGCCACUGAAUCAGAACUCGAGGCAAUAUUCCAGCAUAUCUUAUCCCCCGCGUCCAUGGAUACAUGUUAUAACCAACGGGAGGGGAGUGCUGGUGAAAUACCCACACCGCCCUAUACCCCGCUCACAUCACCAUCAAUAUGCAUGGUACCCCCAUCGGAGAGCAACGAACACGACCUGAUAGCGUCUUCGGAACAUACGCAACGUCCCUCAAAAGAGAUCGAAGCACCUGGCGCAUUUGUCUCGCUUUCAACGUCGUUUCACCCAGCAGCCAGGAAUUGUGGCGACCUCGAGCCGGACCUCGUCCUGCUCUCUGCUGAUUCCGUGUUCUUCUACGUCCAUUCCUCGGUUUUACGCUCCGCAUCGAAUAAUAACCUGUGUGGCUUUCUGCCUUGGAACAACCCACGGGAAACUGAGCGAGGCGCGACGGACGCAGAUACAGAUGCAGAAAUCGAAUUCGUGAUGUUGCCCGAUCAGUCGCAGGUAUUGAACAUCAUGCUCCAUUUCAUAUACGACAUCUCGCCCGCCCAUCACUCCCCCCCGUUCCACAUCCUUUCGCAAGCUGUCGAUCGCCUCCACAAUGUAUACGGCGUCGACGUGAACCACGGCAUGCAAGGCUCUGCGCUAGCACUAUCUUCGCCCCGCGUGAACGACGCACUAUCAGAUAUCCACCCCCGCGAGCCGUCGUUAUUCGCGCUUUUGACGGCCAACGCCCCUCUUUAUCCGGUUGAGGUGUACGCUCUCGCCGCAUCCAUUGACUUCUACCCGCUUACUAAAACCGCGUCUCUCUAUCUUCAUGGGCUCGAUCUAUGUCCGACAGACGACGGCGAACCCAUUGGUGGGAGGCUGGGGCUGGUCCCGGAGAUGGGGCGGAAAAUGGGCGGCAUGUAUCUCAUGCGUCUGGUGGGGAUGCACAAACGCAGAUUGGAGGCCUUGAGAAAGAUCGUGUGUACCGCUCCUGAGGGGCACCUGAUUGACCGUGCGUCAGAAGAUCGGUGCAGCGCGGAAGAUCAGGCUUCGUUGAAACGGGCGUGGGCUCUGGCAGCGGCGUAUAUAAUAUGCACCGCAGGACCUGGUGUGUCUGCUCAGACUAUUGAUGGGACCUUCCGCCCCCUUGUUCGGCAUGUCACUUGUUCGCGGUGCAGACAGGCGAUGCAUAAGAGAUUGGAAUCGAUGGAUCGUGAAUGGGGGAUGGCUCCUCGGACAAUCUAG